UUCAAUUUAUAGAUUGUUUAAUACUAUUGUAGAAAACGUGAAUACCAUAGAAAUCAAAGAUAUUGUAGAGUGAAGUGCCUCUGAAGGGGAAAAGAGUAUAAUAGGUGUAACCCAGAGCGAAGAAUCGCUGGCGAAGGUGAACGAUAAGGAUGAAAAGCCUUCGCCGGAGCGGCAACAAGAAACACGGCAGAAUCAUGCCGGUGAAAUCGAAGCGAUUCGAACGGCGAUUGGUGAAGUUCGAGGAGCUUCCGGAGUACUUAAAGGAUAGCGAGUUCAUAUUGGACUAUUACCGCUCCGAAUGGCCCGUGAAGGAAGCCUUGUGGAGCAUCUUCGCAUGGCACAACGAAACCCUAAACAUUUGGACGCAUGUAGGAGGCUUUCUUAUAUUUGCCGUGUUGGCGGCUUUGAGCACCACCCCGGAGAUCUGGAAUUGGCUCAGAUCCUUUACGGCGCUCGGAUCGCCGACGAUGGCGGCGGAGAUUAAUAGCUCUGACAGUGACGCAUUCUUGGAUUUGCAUUUUAGACAAGUUAUGGACCCAUCCAUUCUUAGUGGGAUGAGAGGAUUUGGGGUGGCGACAAUUCCUCGAUGGCCAUGGUUCGUUUUCUUAGCUGGAGGAAUGGGCUGCCUAGCUUGCAGUUCUCUUUCCCAUCUUCUGGCCUGCCACUCUAAAGACUUUAACUUAUUCUUCUGGCGUCUAGAUUAUGCUGGGAUCUCUCUUAUGAUUGUGUGUUCCUUCUUUGCCCCUAUUUACUAUGCUUUCUUCUGCAAUCCUUACUCAAGGUUAUUUUAUUUGGCGUCAAUAUCUCUGCUUGGAGUUCUUGCCAUCAUUGCCCUGCUUGCACCUUCACUUUCUACCCCUCGGUUCCGACCCCUCAGAGCCACCUUAUUCCUUUCCAUGGGCUUUUCAGGUGUCAUUCCGGCAGCUCAUGCUGUUAUCCUGUACUGGGGUCAGCCUCAUAUAUUUGUUGCACUUGGAUAUGAGCUUGCUAUGGCCAUUCUAUAUGCCACUGGAGCAGGGUUUUAUGUUUCUAGAAUACCAGAACGAUGGAAGCCUGGAGCAUUUGACAUCGCAGGGCAAAGCCAUCAAAUUUUUCAUGUCUUUGUUGUUCUCGGCGCACUUGCCCAUAGUGUUGCCACACUAGUCAUAUUGGAUUUCCGACUGAGAUUACCUACUUGUGCGGAUUAGCCAAUUAAUACAUACAUGUUUUAGAACACUUGAGAGAGAUAUUGUAUCAGUUUCCUAUUGCAUGCAUUGUCAUAUUAUUGGAGUGAAAAAUGGUUGGGUAAUUGAGAGAGACCCUUCAACUUUUUCCUCAGAGCAAAGUAGAGUGAUAUUGUGUUUUAGCAAUUCUGAUUUUUUUUACAACUUUUAUUCUUGACGUAGUCAUAGAAAAUGUAAUCACAACAGAAAAAAGGGCAUUAUGAAGAAUGUUGUAUUUUCAAGCA